AAUCAGGUGGUUUCUGACAUUUGUUAUCUUAAAAAUAGGCAUAGAAAGUAUCAGUUACGUUUUAAAUCUGGUUAACGUGUUUAUGGUAUCAAUGAAAAUAAGAAGCAAUUACGUGUUAAGAAUUGUUUAUAGUUCAUGAUGUUGUCAUCAGAAUUUUUAGGUUUAAGUUCUAUGUUUUGAUAAUGUGAUAUCGGGCUCCUAAAAUCCGAGAGCCCCCAUUGUGGCUAAAUUAUCAAUGGCUCAGUCAUCUGUUACAUUGACAAGUAUUAACAACUUUAACACAUAAAUCAAGGUUGUUCCGAUGGAAAUUAUUGGUGAUUAUGAAUACAACAAAAAAGACCUGAUAGGUCAUGGGGCAUUUGCUGUGGUUUUCAAAGGAAGAAGCAGAAAGAGACCCAAUAUUGCUGUGGCAAUCAAAAGCAUCACAAAGAAGAACAUUGCCAAGUCUCAGCAGCUGCUCAGCAAAGAGAUCAAGAUCCUGAAGGAGCUGUCAGAUCUACAUCAUGAAAAUGUUGUUGGUCUCUUGGAUUGCAAGGAAACUACCAAUCAUGUCUACUUGGUCAUGGAGUACUGCAAUGGAGGAGAUUUGGCUGAUUACCUUCAAGCCAAAGGGACCCUUAGUGAAGAUACGAUAUCUAUGUUCUUGAAACAGAUUGCGGAAGCAAUGAAAGCUUUAAAUGGAAAAGGAAUUGUCCACCGAGAUAUAAAACCUCAAAACAUUUUGUUGUGCCAUCCAGGAAAACCUAAUGCUUCAGCAAAAGAAAUCAAGCUGAAAAUUGCUGAUUUUGGCUUUGCAAGAUUUUUGCAAGAUGGAGUUAUGGCUGCAACUCUUUGUGGGUCUCCCAUGUAUAUGGCUCCGGAGGUAAUAAUGUCAAUUCAGUAUGAUGCCAAGGCUGAUCUCUGGAGCAUUGGUACAAUCGUCUUCCAGUGUUUGACAGGAAAAGCUCCCUUCCAGGCCCAGACACCACAGCAACUGAAGCACUUCUACGAGAAAAACACCAACCUUGUACCCAAUAUUCCCAGUGGAACAUCUCCUGAUCUGCGUGAUCUCUUAUUAAAACUGCUGAAAAGAAAUGCCAAGGACAGAAUUGAAUUUGAGGAUUUCUUCAAUCAUCCCUUUGUUUUGAGAUCGGCACACAAACCAUCUUCUAAACCAGUUCCAGUACCAAGUCGCAGUCAAAGUUUUUCUUCAGAAAGCUCCACCCCCGGAAAACAGUCCGGCCCUUCCCCAACUCCAGGAAACACUGAUCUCACUUCUUCACCGCAGUUGAAGGCUCCAUUAGCACCGAAGACUGAUGAUGUGCUGGAUGACGUACCUCCAUCUCCCCCGGACGAAGCAGGCUUCUUGAAGGUUGAUAAACACGGCUUGGAGUACAGACCUCACAGUCCCACGGAUGACUUUGUCCUGGUAUCUGAAAGUUUGCACAGUGAUCACUUUGAUGGGCCAGCUAAUACAGGAAAGGCACCUAUGGCAUCUGAAGAAGAGAUGGACACAUUCGGGGAUGCACCACCACCUUCUCUAAAAGCAAUAACUGUAAGGCCGGAUGUUGGGACUGUAACGUUCAAAAAGGAUUCGCAGACGAGUCCGAGUCGCCCAUCUACCCUGCAAGUACUGAGCCCCACUACCUCGACGCCGUCUUCUCAACCCAUUCCGGUCCCCACUCAGGUUAGAGUCAGCCCGAAACAGCAGCCCGUCUCGCCGUCGAGUCCUCAAAAUGUCAAACGGAUUCAGACUUCACCAGCAGAACUAGCUAGGGUUUCUGUUGACAAGAGACCUAUGCCGCGGCGAAAUUCUGAGACUCGACUGAGUGGACCUGAUCUUGGAUCUCUAUCGCCCCCAAGUGUUCAGUUCACCAUUGGUACGCCACCAAAUUCUGCCGGUCAGUGGAAGAGGACAAACACUCCACCGAACAGGCCCACUGGAACCCCUCCUAGCUUGUCGGGGUCACCACAUAGGAAAACCAGCAGCACCACUUCUCCACGCUAUUCUCCAUUACCGUUUGCUGGACCCGGAUCUCUGCCACCGAUUCUUGGCUCACCGACGAGGAUUCCAACCGGAUUCGACUUCCGGUAUAGUCCAGAAGAGCAGCAAGAAUAUCUUCAGGCACCGUUUGGAGGAGGCCAUAACAACAACCUUCCUGAAAAUAUGGCUACAGUUGCAUUUACUAACAAAGAAGUUUCCCCUCAUGAGAUACACAACAUGGAGUACCAUCGAAAUAACAGUGACCCGGGAUCUCUGGCUCGCGGUCAAAGUCUGCUCUCACAGCAGCUGCUGAGGGCCGCGUUCGCAAACCAAACACAAGGAGCUGUGAUUCAGUAUGGAGGGAAUGGUGAGCGACGUGGAUCGUUUGUGAAUGAGAAAGAAAAGAUAGGUUCGCUGGAGCGCGAGAGAUCGUCGUCGUUCUUGAAGCGUACCAGUAGCACCUUCAUGGAGAGCUCACCCCCCACAUCACAGAUGUACGCCCAGUCACCACCCAACAUGGAGGGACCGGUCACCUUCAUCGCACCAGAACUGUCCGAGGACACUCUCAUGAAUGAAGAACAUAAUGAGAUUAUGGGCAAACUAAGCUUCGUUUUGGAUCUGGUGGAAUGCAUUAUGGAGUUGGCGCGAGUUCGUGGAGCUGCUUUAAGCACGUUCACAGACUCUGUGUCAUGCAAACAGGGAGAAAGUUUACCAGCAGAGCAGAUACCUAGGUUCACUGAAGCUCAGAGACGUUUGGAGCAGCUGGUUUUGUAUGUGAGAUCUCUACACCUAUUGUCAUCCAGUCUACAGCUUGCCAGGCAGGAGGUGAAGGCUGAACGGCUACAGCCAUCCAACUCCCUCAAAAUAGUUCUCAAACAGAUGAAUGAGCAUUACCACAGAUGUGUGGCCGAGUGUCGACAGCUCCACCAGCGACUCGGUACGACCUGCAAAACGCCGCUCACCCCACAGCUGGUUGUGUCAACCGCAGACAAACUCAUUUACAACUAUGCUAUUGAAAUGUGUCAGGGUGCUGCAUUGGAUGAGUUGUUUGGAAACCCACAUGAGUGUUUCCGACGAUACACCCUCGCACAGAUAUUGUUGCACAGUCUUGCCCAACAAGCGAGAAACCAACGAGAUAAAGACCUUCUCAAUAAGUACAAAGAGUCUGUGGAACAUAGACUGUCCAGUCUUCACAGUCAAGGGAUUGUGCAUCCCUAUGAUGCCUACAGUUGAUCUAUACGCUGAGGGAAUAAGUCACAGAAAGUUCAGUGAUUCAGUGCUAAACAAAGGGACGACGUAAAUGAAAGGAAUUUCGGGCCCUGUGGCUUUUAAAACUUUAAAGUCUAGACUCCAUGCUUUAAUAAAGUCUUGCCCGUGUAGUUAGGUCUGAAAUUUUUUUAAUAAUGUCUGAAGAUUUCCUAAAAGCUGGAGUCUGGACUUACGGUUUUUCUUAACUCGGGUGCCCCGGACAGUACGGAAACCAUAUGCAUACAACCAUGAGAAUUAAUAUUGUGAAAUACAAGAUAAGAUAGAAAAUAAAGGCAAAAUAAAAAAUGUAGACACGAUAAAAAGUAGAUUGGAGGAAAGCAUUGACAAGGAAGAUAGAAAAUAUAGGCAAGAUGAAAAGUAGAUUGGGGGAAAACAUCGGCAAUAAAAUUAAUUGUUAUUAGUAUGUAGGUUUGUUAGUUCAUAUUCAGGGCCAACUUAAAUAGUAUGAAAACCCAUGACAUUUUGUACUAAAGGAAGGAAAUUAUUUGUCUGUGUGGCUGUUUGUAUCUUCAAAUAUUAAGUAUGUGGGUGUGGUUUUUUAAACAUUUUUGUUUGUCGUUUUUCGUUUAAUGAGAACUGGUCGUCAGAAUUUAUUCCCAAAAAUAUAUUUAUAGCAGUCUAUCCUAUUUAAUCUAAUAAAUUGUAAAUUUAUUAAAGACUUCUAUAUUGAAAUAAAAAUACACUUUUUUUCUUUUUUCUUUUUCUUAAAUGGAAUCUCUUAAGAACAUAUUUGCCCAAAACAUUUGCUGUUUUGUUCAGUUUGUUAUAUGUGAAACAAGUAAAUUUGUCAGAGAAACACAUCGACCAGUUCUCUAAAAGUGUGAGUCCACAUCACUAAUAAUUAGUGUCUUGUGUGUAUUUGUAUGGUAUGUGUAUUUAUUAAACACUGGUUAAAAUUUGCAUGAUUAAAUUGUUAAUGCUUGAUUUGACUAUGGCAUGUUGUCAUAUUGUUAAAGUACUUGAUAUGAAAAUAAUAGUCAAACCUUGUGUGUUCCGAUGUUAUUUCUCAUCUCUUGCAUUUAGAUAUACAUCUCAGUAUCAUAAAGAAACAAUAGCAUUUAACACUUCACAUGCCAUUAAAUGGCUUCUGAUGUUAAUUUUUGUCUGCAUUACUCCAUUAAAAAUUGAUACCUUUAUUUAAACACUUCAUAUGGACCCAUUUUAUGUGGAAAACAGUGCUGCUUGUGUCUGGAAUAAUGAAAAUUGUGCUUUUUGUGUAUUGUAAGAUACAAAUUGUGCUUUUUGUAUAUUGUAAGAUACAAAUUGUGUUUUUUGUGUAUUGUAAGAUGUGAACUGUGCUUUUGUCUGUUGUGUAUUGUAUCUAGUCAGCCUUGUAUUUGCCUUCUAUACAUUCAUAAUUGAUUAUUAAAAUUGUACUUGUGAUAUAAAUAAUCACACAAAUUGCCAUAUAUAUGUAUUUUAAAAAUCAGCAAUGCUCAUCCUUGUCUAUGGUGAAAGUUGAUGACGAUGUUAUUCGUUUGGCAAUUUAAUCACUCAUCAAUACAAUCAAGCAUUCAUUGUUUCAACAAGAAGCAUAUGUGUUAAUUAAUAUUAAACACAUUUUCAGUGUAGACAGUUUGUACUUAGCUCAUCUGACUGUAUGGAGGUUUUAAAGUUGAAGCAAUAGCUAUAAACUCCAUAUUUUCUUUCAUACCAUCCUAUUGUAAUUUCCAUGAGCAGUUAUUAACUUUAUUUUUCUGUCAUACCAUCCUAUUGUAAUUUCUAUGAGCAGUUAUUAACUUUAUUUUAACAAAACUUAAUGAAUUUUCAAUUCAUUACAAGGAUCUCAGUUCAUUGACCAUUCAAAGGUAUUGCAUUAGUUCCAUUGAGGUGUCAAGUUUACUUCAUAUAAUUGUUACGGGGUUCAGUUUUCUUUUCCCCAUCUAUACACAUCGAUGAACCCAUUUAUUAUAUAUAUAUAUAUAUAUAUAUAUCAAUCUGUCAAUGUAUUGCUUUUCUGUGGUAGAAUAAAUUUGCUAAUAUACAAUGCUCUUUAUGCACUUGCUUUUGCUAAAUUGAUAUACAGUGAAACCUGUCUAAAUCGGACCCUGAACAAAUCGGAAUCCUGUCAAAACCAGCCAAGUUUCGUGGUCCCAAAUUUUGUAAAUUCUAAAAUGCGACCCUCUAAAAACUGGAUUGUGUCUAAAUCGGAUAAAUAUCAGGUCGCUGGUGUGAUCCAGUUUAGACAGUUUUCACUAUAGUAUUACAACUGAGAGAGUUCAUUUAUCAUCAAAUUAACAGUUUAAAAAAAAAAAUGUUACCGAUACUGGGUGUUCUAGAUAUGAUUGUAAUAUGUAAUAUGUUAGUCAUGUAUUUGUGUUUUAUGUCUGUGUGAUCAAAUCUGGUUUUCCAGUUGUAAUGGUGAUGUAUGUGUUACAAAUAAAUAUCUUCUGGAAAUGUCACACUAAAUUCUGCUAUGUUACAGAUUUUCCUCAUUUGCUGAAAUUCUACAGCACUCGAGUUUUUUUUUUUUUUUUUAAAUAGAUUGGAAGCACAUAAAUGUAAUCAAAUUGUUUGUAAAACUUUAUUAUUUGGAAUUGUUGCUACUCUGACUAGAUCAAUGCUUUGUUACAGGCCUAUUACACUUUCGUCCUUAUGAAUAGCAUCAUGUUUAGUUGUAUAUAAAAACACUUCAUAAUUAUAUCCUAGAAAGUACAUUGUAUAUACAUUGUACUCUUUUUGCUUCUCAGUGCAAUUAAAAGAGCUGUGGAGACUUAACUGCAAAAGGUUAUACCUUAAUACUUUUAACAUUUGUGUAUAUUUACCACUUUCUCUUCAUAUUCCCUUCAUCACUGUCAUUGUUGUUUUAAUAUCUGUGUACAUAUCAAGUUAUGUUUUUUAAAUUUGUAGAUACUAGUUAUAUCAUGUUAUUCUUUCAGAACUAUAGUGUUUUUUGUGUAUUUUUUUUGUUCUAAGAAGUUAUUAUUUAAGAGAUUAUAGAUUUUUGUUGAAAAUGUUUAGUUUUUUUCCGCCAUUAUUGACAGUGCUGUGUAUGUAUGCUGUACUUUUGGCACACUUGUGUAGUAUUUGCUUUUAUGUAAUGUCGAAACAUAUUUUUUUGUUUGUUUGUUUUUUCAUUUUCAAGUUUAUGUUCACCACAUACUUACAUUGGCCCGCCUUCAGAAUGGAAUUCUGAUUAAGUUUUUAUAUAUACAUGUAUAUUGUUGUGGAUAUUUAUGAUAAAACUUUCAGUAGAAUUACUAGAAUUUUCUUUGUGAUGCAUUUGUCCGAUAUUCUUCACGCAUGUAUAUUUAUUUCGUGAAGAGAUUGAUCAAUCUUGUGUUACGUAUUGUUCAGAUGUGAUAUUCCAAACUGUGUUGUCAUUGUAUCCGAUACCUGUGAUUCAGAUCAAUCAUAUUAAUCUUUGCUUGUCUGAUUUUACCAAGCCUCAAGAUUAAUUUAUCUCCAGCAAAUAAGUCCGUUAUCUGUUAGUUAUGUUCCUAGUCAUAGAUGUGUGUUUAGUUCGUAGUCUUUCAUGAAUUAUGUGUGCUAGAAUGAAGUACAUCAUUUUAAUGGCUCUGUACAUGUAGUCUUUCAUGAAUUAUGUGUGCUAGAAUGAAGUACAUCAUUUUAAUGGCUCUGUACAUGUAUGUUUUUCUGUGCCUACUCCUGCAAAUAUUUAAAAUAUUGAAAUAUAUCAUUGUAGUUUUAUUAGUAUUAGUGUCAUAUUAGAUUUAUUACAUCAGUGUCAUAUUGGAUUUAUUACAUCUGUGUACAUGAACUAAACUGUGUGGCUUAUGUAAUGUCGGCUUAUACUAACUUUUAGUUUUAACACGCUCUGUUUUUAAGUUCUGGUUACAGGGUAACCAUUUAUUAGAUGUGCCAUACACUAUUAGUUUAUUUUUAUCAGUGAGCUGACAUCUUUGUGAAAAAAGCUUUUGUCAAAUUUUAAAUCACCCACUUAAAUGAGAUGUUAAAAAAUGUGUUUGGUGCAAAGAUAAUAUGUUUCAAAAUUCAUUUUACUUUUGUUUUUGUUUUUAAACCAAUCAUCACUUACUGGUAAUCUCUAAUUUCUCACAAUUUCUUCUUAACACAUAGCUCAAUCUUCAGUCGAUAAUAAUUGAAGAUGUAUAUUACACUUUUGAGAUUGUCGAUAUUUUAGGAUUUUUUUUGUUUUGUUGUAUUUUUAACCAUUUGAAUAUUGACAUUUUGUUGUACUUCUCACUUAUCCAUAUUUUUUCCCUCCUAGUUUUAUCAGUAUAUAUUAUAUACGUAUUGUGUUUUUCAUUGAGAGUGUGUGAUUAAAAGCAAGAUAUUCAGGUGUACCAAGUAUGGGCAGAAAGAGGUUUUCAGAAUUUUGAAUGAAUGUGCAAUGUAAUAUUUAUUUAACUUAAAAAACUAUUAAUGUGUACAUAGGUGAAGAUUUUGAAUAUUUAUUUGAAAGUAAAUUGCACAUUUACUGUCA